UAUCCCCCAACCACGCUGAUGCAGCCGGGGCGAGGCGGAGCGUGCUGCGCUCCUGUCGGGCAGUCCCCUGGGUGCUUCCUGUGCCCUGCCUGCACGCGUUCUGCCCCACUGCCCCUCCGCGAGAGGGAGGGCGGAUGGACGGAUACCUCCUGUGGCCCAGCCUCUGCCCCUCAUCCCACACACCAAAAAGGGGAAGUUGCUGAGAGAAGGAAGUCUGCCCCAUGCAGUUGCUUUGGCUGCAGCAGUCACAUUUUCUCCGCUGCUGGUAGCCCAAGUCCCUGAUCCUUGUGCUGGCUGCCAGGGCGACGCUGGGCCCAUGGAGAGACCAGUGAAGGAUGGGAUCCUCUAUGUUCAGCACUGCAAAUUCGGAAAGAGGUCCUGGAGGAAGAUGCGAGCCCAGCUCUUUGCUGCCAGCCCCUCCGGCGUGGCCCGCAUGGAGAAGUUCGAUGUGCGAGAUGACGGGACGGCGCUGGAGAAGACCUCCCUGCGGCGGUGUGCCCGGCGGGUGAUCCGCCUCUCGGACUGCGUCUCUGUGGGCCCAGCGGGCACUGAGAGCUGCCCCAAAGCCACUGCCGCCUUCUACCUCACCACCACGGAAAAGAGCUACGUGCUGGCGGCCGAGCAGCGGGAUGAGUGGAUCGCCCAGCUCUGCCAGCUGGCUUUCCAGGGUGCAAAGGAGAUGACGCAGAGCAGUGCCAGGACCCAGCCCAGUCCUACUGUCCCCAUGGAAGAGAACUCCCUCUACUCUUCCUGGCAGGACCUGACCGAAUUCCCAGUGCUGGUGGUCCGGACGGAUGCGGCCGCCCGCUGCGGCCUGCACGGGCAUUACCUGCUCUCAGCCCUUCCCGAGAGCCUGACGCUGAAGGACCCGCAGUCCCGCCAGCCCCUGCUCACCUGGCCCUACCCCUUCCUCCGCAAGUUUGGCCAGGAUCAGACCAUCUUCUCCAUUGAGGCUGGCCGCCGCAGCGACUCUGGCGAGGGCCCCUUCACCUUCAGCACCCCCCGGGCCCCAGAGCUCUGCCGGGCUGUGGCCCCCGCCAUCACCUGCCAGCAGCAGGGUAGCAUCUGCUCGGCCAGCUGCCGGAGCGCCAGCCUGGCUGCUCUGCCGGGCGCCUCGGGUGGCAUCACGCAGCUCCUGCGCUGCUGCUGCUAA